AUCAUCAUCGUGCACAUGAGAUCAUUGCUGUAAUCAAGAACAUCCAUCCCACCAACACCCACUUCUUGUUCGAUUUAUCGUUCAAAACCACCUCUACAAUAUUGCGGUACACCCAGACGGUUUGCCGAAUUGUCCAACACCCUCUGUCUCAUUGUACGAAACAAAGUUUUCCCCCUUAUCUCUUGACCGAUACCUUCAGGUCGGCCCCUCGAAGUCCAGCCCACACAAAACGACCUUCUUCCUUUUCUCGUAUAUCGCAUCACUCGCGACACUACUUCUAUUGCUUUUCAUCUUCCAUCAUUCCAGCAGUUGCUGCUACUCUGACGACAGACCGGCUGAUCCCCCGAAAAGUCGGUGUACACAUCACAAGCCCGCCUUGCGUUACGCACGACCUAGUCUAGAUUGUGCUCCCAAUCCCCUCCUCUCCCAUCCGCCCCCCGCGACAUACCAUGACCUCGUCAAAUGGGAACCACAAGCGGGUUCCGUCCAUUGAUCCCUUUUCGCACCCUGAUGUCUACUACGGAGAUGAAGAUUCCCUUGCAAGGAUCAGAGACCGGCGGCGCGCUUUCUCGACGAGCGUGAAGGACUACGGUCGCGGAGAGAUUUCUGAGUAUCUGGGUACUUUGCCGUCAAGACGGGGUAGUCACGAUGAGCACUCCGGACAGCCUCGCAAGUUCCUCAUCAAUGUCGAUGAGACGCUCGAUGCGCUUCUGAAGCAGGAGGAUACCGAUAAGAAUAUGCAGAUCACGAUCGAAGACGUUGGACCCAAGGUACUCUCUGUCGGAACUGCAGGAUCCUCCGGAUACAACCGCGUCGACGUUCGCGGUACCUACAUGCUUUCCAACCUCCUCCAGGAGCUUACUAUCGCCAAAGACUACGGUCGCAAGCACGUUGUUCUAGAUGAAGUCCGUUUGAGCGAGAACCCCGUUGCCCGACUUUCGCGACUCAUCAAGAACUCCUUCUGGAACGCCCUGACAAGACGUAUUGAUGGCUCCAAUAUCGAGGUAGCGGGCAAGGACCCCAAGGACUGGACUGAUGACCCACGACCCCGUAUCUAUAUUCCCCCUGGUGCCCCGGAACAAUUCGAAUACUACUCCAAAAUUGCCGAAAAACACCCGGAGCUACGUCUCGAUGUCAUAAUGCUUGAUGCCAAUAUCACCCCUGACUAUGUCAUGUCGCUCAAGGAGAAGCCUGGAUUGUUGGCGUUGGCAAUGACCAAGAAGCACGACGAUGAGACAGGGGAGGAUGAAUACACUGGUGUUCCGUUUGUGGUGCCGGGAGGUCGUUUCAACGAGCUCUAUGGCUGGGACAGCUACAUGGAGUCUCUGGGUCUUCUCGUGAGCGACCGCGUUGAUCUUGCUAAGGGAAUGGUCAUCAACUUCUGCUUCGAAAUCAAGCACUACGGCAAGAUUCUCAACGCCAAUCGGUCAUACUACCUCACCCGCUCGCAGCCCCCAUUCCUGACCGAUAUGGCUCUGCGGGUCUACGAGCGCAUCAAAAACGAGCCUGAUUCAAGAGAGUUUUUGCGGAACGCAGUUUUUGCCGCUAUCAAGGAGUAUUACAGUGUCUGGGCUGCUGAGCCACGACUUGACCCCGUGACCGGUCUCUCACGAUAUCGCCCGGAGGGUUGGGGUGUGCCGCCAGAGACGGAGCCGACUCACUUUAUUCACCUCCUCAUGCCGUACGCCGAGAAGCACGGUAUGAGCUUCGAGGAAUUUGUGGAGGCGUACAACUCGCGCGCUAUCAUCGAGCCCGAACUCGACGAGUACUUCCUGCAUGAUCGUGCCGUCCGCGAGUCCGGUCACGAUACCAGUUAUCGUCUGGAGCGGGUAUGCGGCAACCUGGCGACUGUCGACCUCAACUCCCUGCUGUAUAAAUACGAGGUCGACAUUGCCCGCAUUAUCCGCAUUCAUUUCAACGAUAGGCUCGAAAUUCCAGUCGAAUUCCGGACCCCCGCAACCAAAGACACUGCGUUUGAGUCUUCAUCGACCUGGGACCGCCGCGCUCGCAAGCGCAAGCAGCGCAUGGACCAACUCCUCUGGGACGCUGACAAGGGCAUGUUCUUCGACUAUGACACCGUCAAGCAGCAACGCACCGGCUAUGAAUCCGCGACUACCUUCUGGGCUUUGUGGGCUGGACUGGCGACGCCCGCACAGGCCGCCACGAUGGUGGAAAAGGCUUUGCCUCGGCUCGAAGCUUACGGUGGCCUGGUCUCCGGUACGGAAGAGUCGCGUGGCCCGGUGGGCUUGGAGCGCCCGAAUCGGCAGUGGGACUUCCCUUACGGCUGGGCGCCGCAGCAGAUGCUCGCGUGGACGGGCUUCCUGCGCUACGGUUACCAAGAGGAAGCUGAGCGGUUGGCAUACAAAUGGUUGUACAUGAUCACCAAGGCCUUUGUCGAUUUCAAUGGUGUAGUCGUGGAGAAGUAUGAUGUAACCCGCCCGAUUGAUCCGCACCGAGUGGAUGCCGAGUACGGCAAUCAGGGUACCGAUUUCAAGGGGGCGCCACGUGAAGGAUUCGGCUGGGUUAACGCUAGCUACGUGUAUGGCCUGGAGAUUCUCAAUGCACACAUGAGACGCUCUUUGGGUGCUAUCACCCCGUACGAGACGUGGAAAAAGGCCGUUGAUGCGUCGGAUGCGUUUUAAUUCAGCCUUGGUUGGAAACUACGUCCAUCUCGGAGAUGAUGAUCCUGGUAGACGUUGAACGGAACAGAAAAAAAAAACUCAUGCAUUUAGAAGUGAGUAUAGGACGUUUUGGAGAGACUUGGUUGUGUCUUUUAUUGGUGCAAGGCGAGGUGUCAUGUCAGAUAAUCCCAGUGUCAUCACUCAUCGUGGCACCGGUUACUCGGAUAUGGGAGAAAGAUGUACAAAGUUAUUCGGAACCGAGUUCCUGUUUACUCCACGUUUAUCUCUGACGCAAUGCAAUCUUACUUCAAUCAACGAAAUCCAAAAAUCAC